AAGAUCCUGAGGAACAUGGAGGCCUCCCUGACAGCUCGGGAUCGCGUGGGUAUCCAGGAUUUUGUUCUCCUCGACGCCUACACAAGUGAGAGUGCCUUCCUGGACAACCUGAGGAAACGCUUCCACGAGAAUCUCAUUUACACCUACAUCGGGACUCUGUUGGUGUCGGUCAACCCGUAUAAAGAAUUAGAUAUCUACAGCAAGAAGCAGAUGGACACCUACAUGGGUGUAAACUUCUUUGAGCUACCACCUCAUAUAUAUGCUCUGGCAGACAACGUCUUCCGCACGAUGCUGUCUGAGUUCAACAACCACUUCAUCCUGAUCUCAGGGGAGAGCGGGGCCGGCAAGACCGAGGCCUCCAAGAAAAUCCUCCAAUUCUACGCCGUCAGCUGUCCAAGUACCAAACUUCUAAACAACGUCCGGGACAGACUUCUUCUGUCCAACCCAGUGCUCGAGGCUUUUGGAAAUGCCAAAAUGAAGAAUGACAACUCAAGUCGCUUUGGGAAAUACAUGGACAUCCAGUUUGACCAUCAGGGUGGUGCAGUUGGGGGGCACAUCCUGAGCUAUCUCCUGGAGAAGUCCCGUGUGGUGCAUCAGAAUCACGGAGAGAGAAACUUCCACAUCUUCUAUCAGAUGGUGGAGGGGGGAGAGGAAGAUCUGCUUCGCUGGCUUGGUCUGGAGAGGAACUGCAAGAACUACAGUUAUCUAGUGCAGGGUGGUUGCCCCAAAGUGAGCUCUAUCAAUGAUAAAAGUGACUGGAAGACGGUGCGGAAAGCCCUCUCCGUCAUAGAGUUCAGUGAGACUGAUAUUGAGAACCUCUUUGGAAUAAUUGCUAGUGUGCUCCACCUGGGUAAUAUCAAGUUUGCGGCAGAUGAUCGAGGAUAUGCUUCUCUCAACAACAACCAGGAGAUGCACUGGGUGUCAAAAUUAUUAGGGAUUCCUGCUCAGGUGCUACAACAUGGUUUAACCCACAGGAAGAUUGAAGCCAAAUCAGAGGAGGUGUUUAGUCCCUUCUCUGUGGACCAUGCAGUAUAUGCCAGGGAUGCACUUGCCAAAGCCAUCUAUGGUCGCACUUUCAACUGGCUGGUCAACAAGAUCAAUGAAUCUUUAGCUAACAUGGAUUCCUCUCGGAAAACAGUGAUUGGUCUGCUGGACAUCUAUGGGUUUGAAGUCUUCAGUGUGAACAGCUUUGAGCAGUUUUGUAUCAACUACUGCAACGAAAAGCUGCAGCAGCUUUUCAUCCAGCUGACCCUGAAGUCAGAACAGGAGGAGUACGAAAUGGAAGGAAUUGAGUGGGAACCAGUGCCAUACUUCAACAACAAGAUAAUCUGUGAUCUUGUGGAGGAGAAACACAGAGGAAUCAUCUCUUUGUUGGAUGAGGAAUGUUUACGUCCUGGUGAAGCCACAGACCUCACCCUUCUGGAGAAGAUGGAGGAUAAGAUUGGCGGUCACCCUCAUUUUGUAACACAUAAGCUUGCAGACCAAAAGACGAGGAAAACGCUGGAGAGAGGAGACUUCCGUCUCUUGCACUACGCUGGAGAAGUUACAUACUGUGUUGUUGGGUUCUUGGACAAAAACAAUGAUCUCUUGUAUCGGAAUGGGAAAGAGGUCAUGCGUCAGUCCAAGAACACUGUUAUCAAACACUUUCCUUCUACUGAACCUGACAGCAAGAGGAGGCCUGAAACUGUGGUGACUCAGUUUAAAAGCAGCCUGGUGGGC